UAACCGCCCGCUGCUUGUUAUUUUCUGCAACAAGAUGGCUGUCGUUCCUGAGAGCAGAGUCCUCACUUUCAGUGUUUUUAAAUGGAGCUCUUACUCUUCGACAUAUUUACCCGAGAAUAUCUUGGUGGACAAACCUAAUGAUCAGUCUUCCAGGUGGUCUUCUGAAAGCAACUACCCUCCACAGUUUUUAAUCUUGAAAUUGGAAAGGCCGGCGAUUGUUCAGAGCAUCACCUUUGGGAAGUAUGAGAAGACUCACGUGUGCAACCUCAAGAAGUUUAAAGUGUUUGGUGGGAUGAGUGAAGAAAACAUGGCCGAGCUUUUGUCCAGUGGCCUUAAGAAUGACUACAACAAAGAAACGUUCACCUUAAAGCACAAGAUCGAUGAGCAGAUGUUUCCCUGCAGAUUUGUCAAAAUAGUGCCUCUGAUGUCUUGGGGUCCCAGUUUUAACUUCAGCAUCUGGUACAUUGAGCUGCACGGUAUCGAAGAUCCCGAUGUGGUGCAGCCCUGCCUUAACUGGUACAGCAAGUACAGAGAACAGGAAGCCAUCCGCCUUUGCCUCAAGCACUUCCGACAGCACAACUACACAGAGGCCUUUGAGUCGCUGCAGAAGAAGACCCGGAUAGCGCUGGAGCACCCGAUGCUCACCCACCUGCACGAUCGGCUGGUGCUGCAAGGAGACUUCGACGCCUGCGAGGAGCUCAUAGACAAAGCUGUGCGAGACGGUUUGUUUAACCAGUAUAUCAGCCAGCAGGAGUACAAGCCCCGGUGGAGUCAGAUCAUCCCCAAAUGCAACAAAGGUACAAGCGCCCAAGAAAUCAACCGAGACGACAUGAACAGUGACGGUGACGACAACAGGCCCGGGAUGAGGGGGGGACAUCAAAUGGUGAUUGAUGUCCAGACCGAGACCGUUUACCUGUUUGGGGGCUGGGACGGCACGCAGGACCUGGCUGACUUCUGGGCUUACAGUGUUCAGGAGAACCAGUGGUCCUGCAUCUCCAGAGACACAGAGAAAGAGAGCGGUCCCAGUGCUCGCUCGUGCCACAAGAUGUGCAUCGACUCCCAGCGGCGACAGAUCUACACGCUGGGCCGGUACCUGGACUCCAGCGUCAGGAACAGCAAGUCCCUGAAGAGCGACUUCUACCGCUACGACAUCGACGCCAACACCUGGACGCUACUCAGCGAGGACACGUCUGCUGACGGCGGGCCCAAGUUGGUGUUUGACCACCAGAUGUGCAUGGACUCGGAGAAGCACAUGAUCUACACGUUCGGCGGGCGCAUCCUGACGUGUAACGGCAGCGUGGAGGACAGUCGGACGUCGGAGCCGCAGUUCAGCGGCCUGUACGCCUACCACUGUCAGGCCGGGACGUGGAGCCUCCUGCGGGAAGACUCGUGCAACGCCGGGCCGGAGGACGUCCAGUCCCGCAUCGGGCACUGCAUGCUCUUCCACACCAGAAACCGCUGCCUGUACGUGUUUGGAGGUCAGAGGUCAAAGACGUACCUCAAUGAUUUCUUCAGCUACGAUGUGGACGGAGACCACGUAGAGAUCAUAUCCGAUGGCACCAAGAAGGACUCGGGCAUGGUGCCGAUGACGGGCUUCACCCAGAGGGCCACCAUCGACCCCGAGCUCAACGAGAUCCACGUGCUGUCGGGCCUCAGCAAAGACAAGGACAAGCGCGAGGAGAACGUCCGCAACUCCUUCUGGAUCUACGACAUCGCCCGCAACAACUGGUCGUGUGUGUACAAGAACGACCAGGCAGUGAAAGAAAACCCAAGCAAGACUCUGCAAGAGGAGGAGCCGUGUCCACGCUUUGCACACCAGCUGGUCUACGAUGAGAUGCACAAGGUGCAUUACUUAUUUGGUGGAAACCCCGGGAAGUCUUGUUCUCCCAAGAUGCGCCUGGACGACUUCUGGUCCCUCAAACUGUGUCGGCCCUCCAAGGAGUACCUGCUGCGCCACUGCAGAUACCUCAUCAGGAAAUACAGGUUCGAGGAGAAAGCCCAGUCGGAGCCACUGAGCGCGCUCAAAUACCUGCAGAACGACCUGUCGCUGACGGUGGACCACACUGACCCCGAUGAGACCAAAGAGUUCCAGCUGCUGCCCUCAGCUCUCUUCAAGUCUAGCUCUGACUUCAUCCCUCUGGGUUUCUCCGACGUGGACCAGACGUACGCUCAGCGGACGCAGCUCUUCGACACGCUCGUCAACUUCUUUCCAGACAGCAUGACUCCGCCCAAGGGCAACCUGGUCGACCUCAUCACGCUCUAGCCCCGCCCCCGGCCACCCCACCUCUGACACCUUUCCCCUCCCCACCGGAAACCGACUGAACGCCGUCCCAUCCGCGUGCCCGGUUGGGAGGGAUGAGAGGGAGACCAGUUAUUUUUCUAUUCCUGAACCCGUCAGGUGGGAUUACACUUUCAUCUGGAACUCCGUCACACUGACUUCCUGCUGCGGUGGUGAGGGUCGGACACACACGCACACACGCACACACACACACACACACACACACACAGGUUAACAGGUGGAUAUGUGUGAAACUCGACGACCCGAACCCAAGAUAUCCCUUUGGUUUUUCCUUGCUGAUGAAAGUUUUGUGGAAGCCUCUCUAAACUCUACAAAUCAUCGCUUGUGUUUUUCAUCUUCUCUGGAUUUUUUUUUUUCCCCCGGAAACACGAUAUGCACGCAUUUCUUUUUUAUCAUAGUUCUUUCCUUUUAACCAACGCCACGUGUUUAUAGCGAAACGUGUGGCGUCCUUUUGGUAACAUUUCAGCAUCUCCGGCGAAAUCCUGAUGUACACUUUGACUUUGGUUCGCUUGCUUCUCUGAAACCAUAUUAAUGACCGCGACGGCCAAAACCAUUUAAUAGUGUUGUAGUAACAAUAGAGGAAUGAUUCUAUGAGAUAAAGCUUAAUAUAUAUAUAUAUCUAAAUAUACCUUUUAUAUUUUGGUUUGGGUUGUAAAACGGGCUUUUCCCCCUUUAGUAGUUAAUGGACUUAAUUCUAAAUGGUGUACAGAAUAUGUAAAUAUACAUAUAAGGAUUUCUUUUGGGGGGCGAUUGAACCGAUUCUCUGCUGGAUCAUGUUCUUUCUUGUUCUUGACAGGAUGUUACUUCAGUGUGAUGAAAUCCAUUUUUGAGAUUUUCCUCUUUUGUUUUCUCCAAACAAAUCCAAAGUUGGCCUGAAUAUAUUUGUGAAGCUACAGGGAUGGUUGUGAUGGUUUGAAGUCCGGUUAUAUGAGGUCCUUCUCCAUAGUCAGUAUACGUCCCACAGUAGAUGGGUUGUAGCUGUUAUCUCUGCUCUCUUCAAGUCACAAGACUCCUUUGUUUUUAUCUGCUCAGGAGUUGCUCCACGCCUCCAUCGGUUAGUUUGUUAGUGGUUGUGUGUGAGUUUGGUGUUUCAAACUCACACACAGUGUGUUUAACUAUUCCAUGGAGGCAGCAGUAGACCAGCAACUCCUGACUUCUGUCAAAGGAGUCUGGUAUUGUUGAAGGCAGAGAUGACCGCUUCAGUUCCCUUUCAGAAAGGUCUGAAGCGCGGUAAAGAGGUGAAAGUAGCCACACCUUAAGCACUGUCCCUUUAAGCCCAACCAGCGUUCUCCAUAACAACAUUGUUGACCUCCAUUGUAGCAUCAUUUCAAAAAGAAUAAGGAUCUAAAUGUAGGGUUACUGUUGUGCUGUCUGAGAGCCCAGUUUAUAUCAAAGGUAGGGUGACGCUUGAGAUACUGCUCCAAUCCGCCGUGAGGCGGUUGAAAGGUUUACCUCGGCUGUCAGACAAUCAUCAUGUUGGGGGGGGGAGGGGUCCAUGUUCAUUGGUGAUCUCCCAAAGUCCCACUCCCUCAGUUCGCUCCUCUCUUGUCUUCCACAAGGUCCAUAAUGUUCAUAACACACCGUGCUUCAUCGGAAACACACAUCUGCUGCGACUGUUUAACCUCAAUUUGUACAUAAUAUUUGUGUCCAGGAUCGAUCCCUGUCUCUGAGCUUGAAGAACAUUGAAGACAAAAGGACAUCAGCAGCAACAGAGCUGCACGGGGUCAAAAGACUAAUCUUCUUUAAUGUGAAACACUACUUUGACUGGAGCGUAAUAUUCGUAAACAGGAGUGUGAUUCUUUAAUUGAGACUUUAAGAUGAGACAUGAACUUGUGAGUCCCUCUCUAUUGGACGGUGAUUCACCUUUUAUGCUCUUAUUUUGAAGGGACAGGAGUGAACCGGUGCUGUGCAGGUUAAAGACCACAUCUCUAAAAGUUAUGUACUGUAAAACUAAAGUGAGCCAAUGUAGCACGGGAAGAGUCUGUGAACUGACUCUGUGAUGUCACACAGUGACGCUAACAUGAGCCACCAUUAGCUCCUGGUCAUACUAGACCAGACUGGAGUCUGGUGACGUAGAGUUUCAUUUGUAAGAGGGCAGAAUGUGUUCCAUUUAAAGGGGCGGUUCACCCCCCAAAUCACAAAUGCAUUGAGCACGACAGGUAAGUAGAAUAUGUUUUUGAUUUAGAUUGAUUUUGGUGUGUACUGUCCCUUUAAGUGUGGUUCCUGCUUGUUUCAGUUUAUUUCAGUACGCUGUUAACACCAUCUCAUCACUUGCCCAUCUCGGUCUGUUUGUUUAGUUUUUAUGUGACGUCGUUGUCAGAGGAAACAUCGAUUGCGGUUGAAGUAGACUGAAUCCGUGUGCUAAAUGGGAGGUUAGCUUAGCUUAGCAUAAAGACUGGCCCAAAGUGAAGCAUUUAGCCUGACUCUGUCCAAAGGUCGUCUCGUCUACAGACCGCUCUGAUGCUCACUAAGUCUCCGCUGGUUACCUGGCAACCUCACAGCGACAUGAGACCACAGCUUCCUGCGCCAAGCCACCUAGUGUCCAGCACGCGAAACUACAACGUGUCAUUUUGACACAACGUGUUCACCAGUGAGCCGUUUCUAGUCUGUAUGCUGUGUAUUUAGACACCAAAGUGGUGUUGAUCUUCUCAUCUGAUCCUCAGGAAGGAUAUUAUCUCUACUAUUUCUUUAAGGGAACACGAGGAACACACAAAUCAGUGGUUUGGCACUUUAAGUGUCCCUUGAGUUGUGGAAUCUGUCCCUGGUGAAUUCAGUCCUCUCUUGCUUUGUCCAGCUUUAGGAUUCACGCGGUGUUUAGAGGGGUUUGUUUACUGUGACCUUUGGGUCAUCGAUCCUGCCGAUGUGCUCUCAGCGAUGCUGGACACGAGUAGCUAUUUCAGACUCCGGCAACACAAACAUCCCUAAAUUCACCGGCGGAGGAAAGUAAAACCCUGGUACCGUUCACCGUGAUGGAGAGCACGCGCCAGUAUUUGGUUGUGUUUGGUGGAGGCCGAUGGCAACGCUCUGAAGCGUCUGUUCACGGGAAUGGAUCGCUGAUGGGACAUUUGUUUUUAAAAAAAACACGACACCAGAGCAAAGAAAUGCAUAUAUCUGUUGAGAUGAUAAAGCGAUGCGAGGGUUUCAUUAUUUAUAUUUUGACUGCAUUUAGGGCUCAUCAUGCCCUGAAUGCCGUAGCAAUUAUUCUCAUUUUGUGCCAGAAGAAAACUGUUUAACAAGAAUAAUGAAAGCACCUUUUGUAAAAAAGUAACAACAAAAAAGUGUAUAAAAACACAAUGCCAAAUACUACUUUUCUUUCUUUCUUUUUUUGCUGUUUUAUGGUAAAUGCCAUCCACACAACAAUGUUGGAUGGAUGGAUGGAUGGUAUUUUCAUUUCUUUAAUUUUCUUUCCAUCUUGCCCUCUCUUGGGACUCGGGGGGUUUCAAGGCUGGUACUCUCCGAUCAGUGAGCACUACUGUGGAUACAGUGAAUGUGUAGAAAGCCCUGUAGUAUUGCAUUGUAUGUAAUGUAUAUAAUGAAUAAAGAUUGUAUUUUGUUCAGGUUUUCAUAA